AUCAUGGUCCGGUGCGAGGAUAUACAUGAAGUAGCCAAGGGAAAAGACGCUUUCUAGAGCUCAACAGCGCGAAGUUUUGAAAUAUCUGUUGAGUUUAGCGUGAACUUAUGCAGCUUAUGCCGCAUAUGAAAUAAUCUUACAAUUAUGGAAAGUCAGCUUAAAUUGUUGUCCAGAAACCGCGAACUUAUGUCGCUGGUGUUGAACUUGGCGGAAUCGGUUAACAAGCUAGCACUAAGCGUCGACAGUACUGCGAAACGCUGCAGUGAAGAAGUCGUAGAUUCUAUUCUUGCGAUAUUAGACACAGCUGAUAAAUAUGGAGAUGAAGCCUUGCAGGUUAGCCUGGAGCCAUUGAAACAUAAACUUAAGGUGGGAAUCGCGGAACUAAGGACUUGCCCUGAGGAAAAGCAGCGCCUACCGUUUAUAAAACAGUGUGCUGUACCUCUGGGCCUUGAGCUUCUUGCGUCUCUGGAAGAAUGUGAAAUUGCGGCUCUUGAAAAAGCUCAUGACACUGCCAUCGAAAGUGUACAAGAAUUGGAGUCAUUGUAUGGAAGUCAAGGUGUGGAUGUGUUCGCAAGAAUCCUAGAGGCCUUCAAAAAUGUGCUGCCAUUCUUGAAGAAAGCCCAGCAGAGGGUCUCCUCACUGCCUCAACGAUGCCUCUUUGAUGGGUUUGUGGACACUGCAGCAGUACAGAAGUUUUACCUAUACUUUUUGGUGUCUGUUAGUGUGCUUCUCUCCAAAUAUCCUGGCAGCCGGCAUGUAAAGGUACUUUGGUGCUUUGCCAUUCGUCAAGCAGGCCUGUGGUUGUCGAAGUUGCGAGACUUCGCCUGUAGUGUUUCUUCCCACGAAUUCCUAGACGGAUGGAUGGGUGCCUUUGUUGGAAAGGUAGAUGAGGCUCUGUACCACUUGGGCCACAAGUUGGAGGCUGACUUUUACUCUGCUGUGGAUGCAGUGACUAGCCACGGAAUGUCAGUGUGCCACCUUUGUCCAGAAGGGGACAGGGACAAGCUGAUCACUGCUUACAAAGAGGUUCUGGAGUGUAAACUUGACCUGGAAAAAGCGUCGAGGUGCAAUUCAGGAAACAGUACAGAAUCAAAACGCAAAAAAAUGAAGGCCACUUUGGAAAGCUUUGAGGAGCUUGUGAACAUUGCACUUGUGGAACUGAUCGUCCAUAACUACAUGAAGCCAAGUUCUUCUUUCUUGAGGCUCUUGCAAGUAGCCAAACAAGACCCAUUGAAGAAAGAGCGCAGUAACAGUGCAGCCAACCUGUCUGACCUCUACAAAAGUAAAGCAGACACUUUUUGUGAAUCUGUGGACACGACUUACAGCAUAGCACAUUUGGCUGCUGGUUGUACGACAGAUGUUAGGUCUGUCAGCAAACUGUGGGAACACCUGCGUUUGAUGGAAUGGCUAGACCCAGAGCUGGUAGCAGCAGUCAUGUCACUGGUCAGUAGCAGCGAUGAAGGCCUCUCGGAUGUGCUGGAUAGGAUGCAGUGCGCAUGGAACUUUCAUGUUCAAGGCCUCUUCAAGAGCCUGCUUCACCUCACUGAGCCAACUGCUUUCUUUGUAUGCCUUGAUAUAUCGCUAAAAAGAAGCAUUGCUUCUUUGGAUGACAGUUCGCUCAAUAACUUGGAAUCAGCUAAUGUCAUCAGUGAAAUCUGCACAAGGAUAAAUGCUGUGCAGGAUCUGACGGCAGUGGCAUUUGAAAGUAGCACGGUGCCAGAAAAGGUUCAAGCUGCCUUGAAGAACCUAAAAAUUGCUCGAAGAUCAUUGCAGCGAACACCACCAGAGAACAGACUCAAAGGAGCCAAGAUUGUUCGUGGCUGCGUGAAGGCUAUACAUGAAGAAAUUGAUAGGCACUUGGAUGUUGUUUCUCACACACCAUCGCAUAUUCCGAGUCACUUGCUGACUGGGCUUACCACACCAAUGAUUAGCAGAUGUCCGCCAGCAGUCGAAAAGUCACUGGACCUCGAAAUAACAGCACUUUUGGAUGCAAUGGAGUCGCAAGCAAGGGAGAGUGCCAAGUCACCUUCUACAGAAGCUGGUCCUCCAAAGGGUAGCACUGGCACUAUGCUUUCUGCUGAAGAAUGCAGGCACACCAUGCUGUUGAAUAAGCACGCAGUGCGGCCACAAGUACCGAGAGCCCACGCCAGCAUCAGUCACCAGUCAAACACCUUCACAAAAACUGGCUGGCGUGAGGCACUCAGUCGCUCCCUCUGGUACUCUGACAGAAGCCUGUGUGUUGGGAAUACAAGUUGCAAGAACUGGCUCCAGAACAACAGCACUAUAUCUGCACUCAUUCACGAAGCACAGCUGCUUGUCAAGGCCAUCUUGGAUGCUCAGGAAGAGGUGUGCUGUCCUGACUCUCUCUCACGACUGGCUGAUCUUAGCCACAAGUUGGCAUCUGAAGUGGCUAGUGUGUGUUCCCAUAUAAAGGCUUCCAUGAACAGAACCAGGUUGCUUGUAGAUGUGGAGAAAGCACAGAGUGACAUUGAGUUCACUGCUCGUCAGAUGCAGCUGUUUUUGGAUCUUGGAAAGGAUAAACCUUUGGCCAACAUGACUGUUGCACCAUUUGCCCAGAAUUUCCUGCUAUUGGCAUCUGAAAUAUUGAAGGCACUUCCUAUUCUAUGUGGUCAGUCACGCGACGGCACUACAGAUGACUCACCUGUCAAGGUCACCUUGCUACAAAUCCAUGAAAAGUUGUCCACAGAUGCUGCAAGUAAUGCAAGCAGCACAUCUGCAUGAAUUUUGUGAAUAUGUUACAAGAUCCCAUCAUGCUGCUUGUAUUCAUUAUUUGUGCCUUAAUACGUAGUGCCUUAAUAUGUGCAUAGCAUGGAAGCAUUCUUUGUUGGUAUACAGAAGCCACUAGAUUCUUCGUGUUGCAGAAAUUUCCUAGUUUAUGUAGAGGUCGCUUCAUGGCCACAGUUGUUAGCCAAAAACAAUGGUUUGAAUUUGGGCAAUCUAAUACAUAUUUAAUUUUGCAGUCUCUUUGCUUUUUGCUUGUACUACAAUUUGUGGUAAUAUUACAGUGAUCUGGGUUCUACAUAGGCUUAAUUUUAUUUGAUUUCUGUACUCUGGGUUACCUGUGAUUUGCUGUGAUUGCUGACUUAUAUGUAUAAUUAUUUUGAAGGGAUUGUUCCUUCAAAUGAUGCUCUGUUGCUCUAGCUUUAGAUUUGUUAGAGAAAGAGCAUCAUUAUUGUAAAAAUUUCUCUCAAUGUUGUAGCUCCAGCAGCUAGGGACCAUAACAGUGCAAGGGACACUGAAGGCAAAUAUUUACUUGAGCUGAAGUCAUUGGUUGGUAUUCAAAUGUGCCUAAAGCAUAAUUUUUUAUUGAUGUCAUAGUUUUUGUUUGCAAGAUAAUGAUGUAAAUAUAGAGUAGGAUUAGUGAUACCAUUGUGAAGAUAUCAUGUCAGAGCACAUUAGAUAUGAUGUUGUUAUAACUGGCAAGUUGUAGUCAAUCACUGAUAAUAACAAAGCUAACUACAUUAAAUAAUGAGAAAACGUUGGCUUGUUCUUUACUCACACUAAAGCAGGGACAGAUAAAGAAAGGGCAGGCACAAAGGCAUGCGUAAAAUACCAAUCACAGUACAUUUCAGUUUGAAAGAAAAUGAAAAGCUCAAUGAUGCUACAUCUUCACACUGCUCCUCUUCGUGCCAUUUGUGGAAGUGUGCCUAUAUUCUGUGUGGACCUCUGACUUAAUACAGGCAGUAGAUUCUGUUGGAGCAUGACUCUGAUAUUUCCAGUACAGCACAGGAGACCUGCAUUUAAGUCACCUCAUUUGUCGCUGGCACUUUGAAUUUUGGAUUAAUUGUAUGGCCUUUUGUGGUUGUGAUUUUCUCUGCUGCUUUAUCGUAUGUUGACAUAAAGCAGUCAUUGUAAAACUUCAAGAUGGAUAAUCAGACAAUCUAGAUUAAUUUAAUGUUGGCCUUUAGUGUCCUUCCAAGGGAUGGCAAUAUCACACUGGGGCAAUGUCUGUGUUGUUUCUGCAACUCAAUUGUGGCUCAUUGCUGAACAUCUUGAAAUGUUUGAGCUAUACUGGGAUUCAUAUGUUGGGAGGGCUAUGCAGUCAUGAGAAGUGACUGGCUUAACAUUCUGGUGGACAGAUUGAAAACAAACGUAAUUGCAGUUAUCUUUGCACAUUUUUAAAAGCAGAUGAUUAAUGUGUUUAUGUAUACACAUGAUCAUAACCAAAUUGUUUUCAGCUGCUUUACUAGUUGCUAUCCUUCAGCUCCAUAAGGUAAUUUGUGCCAUAGGAAUAUUUGUUGCAUAGUAAUUUGAAACAAUGCAGACAUGUGAUAUCAAGUUGCAGUGCAUGUUUACUACACUCUUACAGCUUUUGUUAGCACUUGGUACUCACAGUGUCACUUCCACGUUCACUGCUGUUCUUAAUUUCCAUGUUCUUUAUGCUCGUUUAACAAUUUCUCAAUGAGAUAUCAAAGAAAAGUGAGUGGCUGCACAUGGUAAUGGCUUUAAAGGGACACUAAAGAACAAAUCUAGUGCAGUAUUUUUUAUCACUCAAUCUACUAUCUUAUUUGGUGAAAGAAUGGUUAUUACAUAUCUGCUUUUAUAAUUUCAUUGUGAAAUGCCAGAUUUUUAGAGUGUAUUCACAAUUGUCAUAUUCACACCAAUAAUUUUACGAUUUUUCAUUCGCGUCUAGUUUAGAGCAAUACUGACUUUAGAAGGAUACAAAUAAGCUUGCUGACCGAUUUUUCGAAACCUGAUUUUUCUAACAUUUCAAUUAGUAUUUGGACCCUCCCACAGCAGCGACAUGAAGUUGUACAGCCUUGUAGUGUCCAAUUUGUUGCAAUUGAAAAUUGUUGUUGAUCAGAUUGUUGUUAUAACAGUCCCAAUUGUGCCUCAUACAUAUGUACUUAUAUUUAUGUUGGUUAAUUGAGUUGGAAUGUAUAAAUAUCAAGUGGUCUUAAUAGGACGUCAAAUGCCACUUGGUCUUAAUGGGGCUGUAGAUGUAGCAGUUAGUCUCAAUUGGAAAUUGCAUGGAUGAGUAAUGUUGUGAAACUACAAAAUUACUAAUGAAAAUAAUAGCGCAAUUAAAAUUAAGGUGCUCGGAUAAGAGGUGUUCAUACUGUAGUUUCGUAUGGCAAAUGGAGCACAGCAUUUAGCCUUUCUUUGAGCCAAUGAUCUGCCAUAAAACUUUGCCUAAUUGUUUUGAAAGACUGGCACUGCUCAGUUACCUGUAAUUUGGUGGCAUGUAUGGCACUCAAGUUUGAUUGCAUUUUGCAAAAUGUUGGAUAGUUCUUUGAAUUAGUUAAUUAGAAUUGUUGUCAAGUGCUCAAGCAUGUUUAAGCUUCUCAAAUUGAGUGCCAAGAUUUUGUAUUCCAUUAUGCUAUCAAUAUUGCAAGCAUAAAAAAAUUAUUUUUAACGUCCA